UCUAAGCUUCUCUCUUAAACCCGACUGGACGUUGGCACAGUGCUGGGAUGACCAUGGAGACCCAAAUGUCUCAGAAUGUAUGUCCCAGCAACCUGUGGCUGCUUCAACCAUUGACAGUUUUGCUGCUGCUGGCUUCUGCAGACAGUCAAACUGCAGCUCCCCCGAAGGCUGUGCUGAAACUCGAGCCCCCGUGGAUCAACGUGCUCCAGGAGGACUCUGUGACUCUGAUGUGCCGCGGGGCUCACAGCCCUGACAGCGACUCCACUCAGUGGUUCCACAAUGGGAAUCUCAUCCCCACCCACACGCAGCCCAGCUACAGGUUCAAGGCCAACAACAAUGAUAGCGGGGAGUACAGGUGCCAGACUGGCCGGACCAGCCUCAGCGACCCUGUUCAUCUGACUGUGCUUUCUGAGUGGCUGGCGCUCCAGACCCCUCACCUGGAGUUCCGGGAGGGAGAAACCAUCAUGCUGAGGUGCCACAGCUGGAAGGACAAGCCUCUGAUGAAGGUCACAUUCUUCCAGAAUGGAAAAUCCAAGAAAUUUUCCCAUGUGAAUCCCAACUUCUCCAUCCCACAAGCAAACCACAGUCACAGUGGUGAUUACCACUGCACAGGAAACAUAGGCUACAUGCUAUACUCAUCCAAACCUGUGACCAUCACUGUCCAAGUGCCCAGCGUGGGCAGCUCUUCACCAAUGGGGAUCAUUGUGGCUGUGGUCACUGGGAUUGCUGUAGCGGCCAUUGUUGCUGCUGUAGUGGCCUUGAUCUACUGCAGGAAAAAGCAGAUUUCAGCCAAUUCCACUGAUCCUGUGAAGGCUGCCCAAUUUGAGCCACUUGGACGUCAAACGAUUGCCCUCAGAAAGAAACAACUUGAAGAAACCAACAAUGACUAUGAAACAGUUGACGGCGGCUACAUGACUCUGAACCCCAGGGCACCUACUGAUGAUGAUAAAAACAUCUACCUGACUCUUCCUCCCAACAACAAUGUCAACAGUAAUAACUAGGAGUAAUGUUAUGCCAUGUGGUCACACUCUCAAGCUUGCUGAGUGGAUGACAAAAAGAGGGGAAUUGUUAAAGGAAAAUUUAAAUGGAGACUGGAAAAAUUCCUGAGCAAACAAAACCACCUGGCCCUUAGAAAUAGCUUUAACUUUGCUUAAACUAGAAACAUAAGCAAAACUUCACUGGGGUCACACUACAAGCAUAAGCAAAACUUAACUUGGAUCAUUUCUGGUAAAUGCUUAUGUUAGAAAUAAGACAACCCCAGCCAAUCAUAAGCAGCCUACUAACAUAUAACUAUCUGUCUAGGGACUUUCUAACAAGAUACCCACCCCCAAAAACAAUUAUGUAAUUGAAAACAAAUCAGAUGUCUUUAUUUUGCUUCCACAUUUCCCCAAUAAAUACUUGCCUGUGACAUUUUGCCACUGGAACACUAAA